AGGUCGAGGAGGGAGCCGUGUACCGUUACGAAGUCCAAGCUUGGAUGGGCAGCAGAAGCAGCGAGUUGUCUCCUGCUCUUCUCUACACACACGGCCAAGGCUUCUGCGGGGACGGAAACGUUGAUCCAGGUGAAGAAUGUGAUGACGGAAAUACUUGUCCAGGUGAUGGCUGCGAUCCGAAAUGUCACUUUGAAAAGAAGUUUAUGUGCAAAGGUUCGCCAAGCAUGUGCUACGCCUACGAAGACGAUGGCGUCUGCGAAUCUUCGGAACGGGAAAGUAACGUCAGGGACUGCGGAUUCUUCACUCCAGCCGGAUUUUUCGACCAGUGGGCAUCUUCUGUUCACAUUGCACAGGAGAUACUCAGGACCAACUGUCCUCCAGAAGCGAUCCUGGGUCCUCCGCCGAAGGACCAGAUAUGUGGCCGCGACGUCAACACCAACCACUCGUGGCACCCAUGCGACGUACCCGAAGCCUCUGCUUACACGUUGAUCGCCUCCUUCGAGAGACCAGUGGUGGCGGCUGCCGUGCAGGUCUACAUCGCGUCCGAGGGCCUGGCUACUCUUUCCUUGCCUUUGCUGACCGUGGAGCUGCUUCACGACGAGAGCCCCACCGGAGGCGACCACCAGACCGGCUACGAGUUCGUCGAUUCGCGACGCGUGUCAUGUCGAGCGAAUCCCAUCGAAGUUCCCGUGGUUCAUGAUCUGACUCAGCCGUUCCGCCUCACCAGGUCCGUACGCAUCAACUUCACAGCUCCGGACGUCUCGAUAGGGGCCGUGCGCCUGAGGUCUUCGAGGACUCUAAACCCCGUGGCCGUGUCCCAGUGCUCUUACAAGGAGCUCUACCACCCGGCCCUGGAGAAAUGUGUAAGCUACAGCUGCGAGAGACCUCGUUGCCCGAAGCCUUCCAUGAGGAACGCGCGUCUCCUCUGCGAAGGUGAAGAAGAGGGAGACACGUGUGUGAUUCGCUGCGACGAGGGUUACGUCCUCACCGGGGACGACAGUGGCGACCGUCUCAUGUGCAAUGGCGGCACGUGGACGGGCUCAGAGAACCUCUGCAAGCCAGUGGACUGUAAGACGCCGCUGAUUGCGCACGCCGAUCCGAUGUGCACCGACGGAACCACAUUUGGCAAGACCUGCAGCUUCAAGUGCAGGCCACCGGCCAGGUUUAAAGGAAGCGCCGGGGGUCUGGCAAGUAUUGUAUGUCAGAAGGACGGCCGCUGGUCCGAGCCCGAGCACCAGUGCCACGUGUCUUGCCCAGCGCCGUCUGCUCCUCCGCACGCCGUCAUGGCCAAUUGCCGCGGUUCCGACCAGCUCCACUUCGGCCACAAGUGCCGGUUUCACUGCAAGACGGGAUAUCACGUCAAGGGCCACGCCAACAAAAAGAGAGCCUUCCACUUGGUGUGCAGCGAGAGCGGCGCGUGGACCGGACCAGCGUGUACACCAGUCGCCUGCACAGCACUUCCGUCCGUAUACACGGGGCUUUACAGCUGCACAGACUCCUGGUACGCGGGCUCUAUCUGCACCCUCACCUGUCCGGGCGCACUCAGUACAACAGAACUAAGGUGCGAGCUGGAUGGCGUUUGGAACAGAGACCCUCCUGUGUGCAGUUUUAGCCACCUCAGCUGCCCUGAACCCCGAAAUCGCUCGGGUGUCAUCCACUUUCGUUGUGCUUCAACGAGCGUUGGUUCAACGUGCAACGUGACCUGUCAUCAGCCAGACUACGAGCCGGUGUUUUCCCAAGACAGCCGGCAGCUAUCACUGGCCCAGGCCAUCGUCUGCUCCGGGGCGGGUCUUUGGCACCCAGAUACGGACUAUCUAGAAUGCCGGCGCAGGUGUAACAAAGAAUACAUAGGAGACGGCUGGUGCGACGCCGCUAACAACCAGGAGCAUUGCGACUGGGACGGUGGCGAUUGCUGUGCCUCCACCGUUGCUGGUCAUGUGGUGAAAAGCUUCCCUCCCAAUUGCCCCGCCGACGAGUGCGUUUGCAAGGACCCGCGCGGCCGCCAGUGACUUGGCAAGCUCUGUGGCUGUGCGCUUGUGUGUGUGACGCCGCCUUGUGUGGAGGACCACUGCCGGGCUCGCUCGCAAAAGGACGUUAGUCACAUUGCCAUGAACUUCGUUAGCCUGAAAAUAAAUGAAAUGUAAAGUUUAUUCCUACCCAUUCCUGAACAACCCGUCUGCUGAAAUGCCAACCCACGGGAGGCUCCAAGAUCGAUGCACGCCAAACAUGCGUCGGCGGGCGUUCCAAACGAUCGGCUUAAGACCACUUUGUUCGAGGUAUGGUUUAACUCAUCGUCAACCUUCUUAGACGCGAGCAUUAAAGCGACGUUUGGCCACUUCCGCCCAGUGUUGGACACUUGCCGCUCGUAAGAUGUUGCCUCGUGUCUAAGCGCGCAGUUAACUAUAGGACGUCAGAAUCGUAGUUGUGAAACGCUGGAGGUGAAACCAUGCAUG